GGGGCCGAAGGAGGAUUCGGAGGCCUCGGGCGGGGGCCGGUCUGGGGUUCCAGGGGGCCGCACACAACAAGAUGAGGAGGUUCCUGAGGCCAGGACACGACCCUGCGAGGGAGAGACUCAAGAGGGACCUCUUCCAGUUUAACAAGACAGUGGAGCAUGGCUUCCCCCACCAGCCCAGCGCUCUCGGCUACAGCCCCUCCCUGCGCAUCCUGGCCAUCGGCACCCGCUCCGGAGCUGUCAAGCUCUAUGGUGCCCCAGGGGUGGAGUUCAUGGGCCUGCACCACGAGAACAAUGCUGUGGUGCAGAUCCACUUCCUGCCUGGCCAGUGCCAGCUGGUCACCCUGCUGGAUGACAACAGCCUGCACCUGUGGAGCCUGAAAGUCAAAGGUGGGGUGUCGGAGCUGCAGGAAGAUGAGACGUUCACGCUACGUGGCCCCCCAGGGGCUGCCCCCAGCGCCACGCAGAUCACUGUGGUCCUGCCACACUCCUCCCGCCAGCUGCUCUACCUGGGCACCGAGAGCGGCAACGUGUUCGCAGUGCAACUGCCGGCCUUUCACGCGCUGGAGGACCAGGCCAUCAGCUCAGAUGCCGUGCUGCAGCGGUUGCCAGAGGAGGCACGCCACCGACGGGUGUUUGAGAUGGUGGAGGCUCUGCAGGAGCAUCCCUGGGACCCCAACCAGAUCCUUAUUGGCUACAGCCGGGGUCUCGUCGUCAUCUGGGACUUGCAGGGCAGCCGCGUGCUCUGUCAUUUCCUCAGCAGCCAGCAACUGGAAAACGUCUUCUGGCAGCGGGACAGCCGUCUGAUCGUCACCUGCCAUUCUGACGGCAGCUACUGCCAAUGGCGCAUGGUCAGCGACAGCCCGCAGCCGGAGCCCCUGCGCAGCUGUGUGCCUUACGGUCCUUUUCCUUGCAAAGCUAUUACCAAAAUCUUCUGGCUGACCACCAAGCAGGGGUUGCCCUUCACCAUCUUCCAGGGCGGCAUGCCACGGGCCAGCUACGGGGACCGCCACUGCAUCUCGGUGGUCCACAACGGCCAGCAGACAGCCUUCGACUUCACCUCCCGCGUCAUUGACUUCACUGUCCUCGUCGAGGUGGACCCUGCGGCCGCCUUCGAUGAUCCCUAUGCCCUGGUGGUGCUGGCCGAGGAGGAGCUGGUGGUGAUUGACCUGCAGACGGCUGGUUGGCCGCCAGUCCAGCCUCCCUACCUGGCCUCCCUGCACUGCUCUGCCAUCACCUGCUCCCACCACGUCUCCAACAUCCCACUGAAGCUGUGGGAACGCAUCAUAGCCGCUGGCAGCCGGCAGAGCACACACUUCUCCACCAUGGAGUGGCCCAUUGACGGCGGCACCAGCCUGGCCCCAGCCCCGCCGCAGAGGGACCUGCUGCUCACAGGGCAUGAGGAUGGCACGGUGCGGUUCUGGGACGCCUCGGGUGUCUGCCUGCGGCUGCUCUACAAACUCAGCACCGUGCGGGUGUUCCUCACUGACACAGACCCCAACGAGAGCCUCAGUGCCCAGGGCGAGGAAGAGUGGCCGCCCCUCCGCAAGGUGGGCUCCUUUGACCCCUAUAGUGACGAUCCUCGGCUGGGCAUCCAGAAGAUUUUCCUCUGCAAAUACAGCGGCUACCUGGCUGUGGCCGGCACAGCAGGGCAGGUGCUCGUGCUGGAGCUGAACGACGAGGAGGCAGAGCACGCGGUGGAGCAGGUGGAGGCCGACCUGCUGCGGGACCAGGAGGGCUACCGCUGGAAGGGCCACGAGCGCCUGUGUGCCCGCCCAGGGCCCGUGCGCUUUGAGCCUGGCUUCCAGCCCUUCGUGCUGGUGCAGUGCCAGCCCCCGGCUGUGGUCACCUCCUUGGCCCUGCACUCUGAGUGGCGGCUCGUGGCCUUUGGCACAAGCCAUGGCUUUGGCCUCUUUGACCACCAGCAGCGGCGGCAGGUCUUUGUCAAGUGCACGCUGCACCCCAGUGACCAGCUCGCCCUGGAGGGCCCGCUGUCCCGUGUGAAGUCCCUGAAGAAGUCCCUGCGUCAGUCCUUCCGUCGGAUCCGCCGCAGCCGGGCAUCCAGCAGGAAGCGGCGGCCCGCCGGCCCUCCGGGAGAGGUGCAGGAGGGGAGCAGCAGGGCAGAGCGGACCGGCCUGCAGAGCAUGGAGCUGGCGCCCGUGCAGCGCAAGAUCGAGGCACGGUCAGCAGAGGACUCCUUCACAGGCUUCGUCCGGACCCUCUACUUCGCUGACACCUACCUGAGGGACAGUUCCCGCCACUGCCCCUCGCUGUGGGCUGGCACCAAUGGCGGUACUGUCUACGCCUUUGCCCUGCGCGUGCCCCCUGCCGAGCGGAGAAUGGAUGAGCCAGUGCGGGCGGAGCAGGCCAAGGAGAUCCAGCUAAUGCACCGAGCGCCUGUGGUGGGCAUCCUGGUGCUGGAUGGACGCAGCGUGCCCCUUCCCGAGCCCCUGGAAGUGGCCCACGAUCUGUCAAAGAGCCCAGACAUGCAGGGGAGCCACCAGCUGCUCGUCGUGUCGGAGGAGCAGUUCAAGGUGUUCACGCUGCCCAAGGUCAGUGCCCGGCUGAAGCUGAAGCUCACGGCCCUGGAGGGCUCGCGGGUGCGGCGGGUCAGCGCGGCCCGCUUCGGCAGCUGUCGGGCCGAGGACUACGGGGAGCAUCACUUGGCCGUCCUCACCAACCUGGGCGAUGUCCAGGUGGUCUCACUGCCCCUGCUCAAGCCCCAGGUGCGGUACAGCUGCAUUCGCCGGGAGGAUGUCAGCGGCAUCGCAUCAUGCGUCUUCACCAAAUACGGCCAAGGUUUCUACCUGAUCUCACCCUCCGAGUUUGAGCGCUUCUCUCUUUCCACCAAGUGGCUAGUUGAGCCCCGAUGUCUGGUGGAUUCAGCAGAAUCAAAGAACCGCAGCCACCCGCGCAAUGGAUCAGGCCCCGAGAAGUCUUUGGGCCGAGCCAGGAACUCGGGGAGCCAGAGUGGUGGAGAAGAGCGGAGGUCGGGCCCUGUGAUGGAGCACGCUCUGCUCAAUGACGAGAGGGUUCUGAAGGAGAUCCAGAGCACGCUGGAGGGAGGCCGAGGGAGCUGUGGCGAUUGGCGUUCUCAGAGAGUGGCUGUGGGAUACAGCCUCAGCAACGGGGGAGCGGAGUGAACGGGACGCGUGUGCCGCCUGCACAGUGAUCACACUACUGAGGGCUCCUCCGCGGGCCCCCGCCUACUGGAGAAGCCCGGCACGGGGCCGUGCAGGGGCUGGGGGCACCCCAG